AUGGGUGAGGUGAAAUGCCUUGCUCCUGUAGAAGUCACAAACAAGAACAUGAGAUUUCUUCUUACACACAAUCCAACCAGUGCGACCUUAAACAACUGUAUAGAGGAAGUUAAGAGUUAUGCAGUUACCCCAAUAGGAAGAGUAUGUGAAGCAACUUACAACACUGCUCUUGUGCAGAAAGAAGGCAUUCUGGAGAAGUUCCGUCCUAAAAUGUGGCUCUGCUUUAAGGAUUCCAAUGGUCAUAGAAACAAUGGUUGUACUCAAUAAAUCUGGGGUGCCUGAUGCCAUUGCCAAGGAAGUGGAACUUCAGAUGGGAGCUGAUUUGUCACAUGUAAUUACCCAGUGUGUCAGCUUAUCAAGUAAGUCUACUGAAGCUCCAUGGCAAUAUUGAAAAAGAGUUUUACCAGGCCACAAACUCAACAGAAUUUCAACCUCUAUAUUUGGGCUAUGAUCAACAUGUUUGGAUACUUAGCAAAAGAUUUUUGCUGGUCAGCAUUUAAAAUGUGCUCGUUAUUUGAACCAAUUGAGUAAUGUCAUUUAAUGUGCUCCUGUGCCAGAAUAUUAUUAGUCUAUAAGGAAUUUAGAAGGAUUAGGUGCCAAAAUACCCAGCACAAUACUUGUAUAUUUUUAGCGUCAUAACAGAACAAAAACUCCAAGAACUAAGAACUCUGUAGACGUUCCAUGGCGUAUUCCUUCAGUCAUCUCAAACACCGUGGGCUUCUCUUGCUCUCUGCCUGCUCACUCUAUGCUUACAUCUCCCACACUUACACCAGAAUCCAUCAGGAUUGCUUUGCCAUCAUUCUAUUUUUUAAACUAAGUCUUGCAGUGAUUAUUUAAUGUCUUUGUCUUAUUCUGUGCUCUUUGGGAAACCUCCAUUUGAAAAUCAACUUUGUUACAGAGGCACAAAUCUUCAAUGUCUCCAGACAAUACGCCUUAUAGUAAAUUUAGAGUUUGCACACAGAGGUGCAACCUAACAAGAAGGGCCUGAAAAAGAGAGGAGAGGAGGCUAUUAAA